GGAGCCUGCUGUUAAUGACGCUUUAAUGCGUUACUUUGACCAGUGCGAACGGUUUGUGAAAGAAGUGGAGAACAACAAGAGCGCCUUGGAGGAAGUGAAACGAUUUAAUGAAGGCCCUGAGAUGAAAAGAGUAAUGGAGAAAAUGGCUGACAGGCUGGAUGUCCCUUACGCCAGCAUCACCGAUGAUUCAGUGGAAGCAGCUUUCUUUCUGUGUGCAUAUGAGUUUACUAUCCAUGAUCUGAACUCACCCUGGUGCCAGUUGUUUGACGAGGUAGAUGCACAGGUGAUGGAGUAUGCUGGUGACCUGAAACAGUACUGGAAGCGAAGCUAUGGGCAUGAUAUCAACAGCAAGUCUAGCUGCAUCCUCUUCCAUGAUCUUUUCCAUCGUCUUGACCAAGUUGUAGCCCAGAUCAACUCAGAUGGUGUUCUAUCGGAGGCUGUGACAGUGCAGGUCGGCCAUGCUGAGACGCUGUUACCCCUCCUCACCCUGCUGGAUCUGUUCAAGGAUGACAUCCCUCUCAGCUCAACUAACUUUGCAACCCAGAAGAACAGAAUAUUUAGAAGUGGGAACAUUGUGCCAUACGCUGCCAACCUGCUGGUAGUGCUGUAUAAAUGCCCAGAGGGGAUUAGAAUGGGUGCGCGACUCAAUGAGAAAUCUUUGACCUUGCCUGGACUCGCCGACCCCGUCCCAAUGUAUGAGGAUGUGAAGAAACGCUACCGUGCUCUGCUGGAGGGUUGUGACCAAGAGACUGUGUGUAAAAUGAACAAUUCCUGAACAUAAAAGUACAACACAUCACAAAGGCCAGCUGACUUGACAUUUUCAUAGAAGCAACAACCAGCAUAAAAAGUUUAAAUAGGUUAUACAACAUUUUAUUGUUGAUAGAACAGUAAAUGAAAGAAAAUAUUUGUACAUAUUAAUUAUAUACAGUAUAUCCAAAUAUGACCCCACAGUAUUACUUUCUAAUGUUAUGGACCUGUAAGAGACCUCAAAUUCCAGAGCUGACAAAUCAGCUCUGACCAACCAUCCAAUCAAAUAACUAUAUUUGACAUUUCACACAUACUGUAUUUCUAAGCAAUGAACUUUUGACUGUACUUUGAUUACAUGACUAAAUCAGGAUAAAAUACAUGAAUUGUAAAUUGCUGGUUUUGGUAGAGAGUCCUGAGGCCUCUGUCGCUUACUUAUACAGUAUUUAUGUUAAUGUUUUAGUCAGUUAUAUAUAUAUAUA